GACAACAACGAACUGGUGCUCGAGAUGCGCAACUCCGCCACCAAUGAGUUGGUGCGCGCGACCAAAGAGCGAUUGUUGGAACUGCUGUUCGACGACAACAGCGGCGACGCGAAGAUGACAGAAGACGACACGUUUGUCGCCGACUUUCUGCUCACUUUUCGCCUCUUCUUCUCCUCGGAAUGCGUGGCCGAACUGCUCGCGCGUCUCGCAGACAAUCUCGCUUUGGAGCGCGCGGUCGACCGCAGUUUGAAAAUCGCGCUCUUCUGGAUCUCCAAUCACUUCCAGGACUUCGACCGCCAAUUGUUGCGCGCUCUCGAGGGCGCGCUUCACUCCAAGACCCACAAAAAGCUCUUCUACUUCACGCUCUCCUCCAAGUCUCGCGAGCGUCACGUGACGAUCACGCGGUCCGAGCGCGCGGCCGCCCUUCCCUUCGCGCUCGUCGGCGGAUACGAGUGUUCUUCGCGACUCUUCGUGAGUGAAGUGCACGACGAGUGCGCCGACUCCGCGGAUCUGCAGCGCGGCGACCGAUUGCUGUCCAUAAACGGCGUCGACUGUCACGUGAUGGAAGUGUCGCGCGCCCUACAGCUCUGCAAGUCGUGCACGCAUUUGAGUCUUUUGGUGCGCUUCGACCCCAACCUCUUCCAUGCGCUCAUCGACGGACAACUGUCGCGACAACAGAACGACGCGAAGCGACUCUUCGACGGAAAGACCGCCACUUUGACGACGACGUCAUUCGCGUCACUGAAACCCAUCCAACAGUUGUCGUCGUCGUCGCUGUCGUCCGUCGUCUCCGCCAACAACGCGAACAACAAUUGGAAGCAAAAAGUGCGACAAAUCGUACAAAACGUCACAACGAAUAACAAACACAACAACAACGCGACGACAGCGACGACGACACCGAACGACGCGUCGCCCUCCGAGUCGCCGGAAGUGAUAAAAAUCUAUUACGAGUCGGACUUCCGGUAUCUGCCGAUCCACGUGACGACGACAGCGCGCGAAUGCAUUCAGUUGGCGCUCAUAGAGUUUCAACUGAACUCUGCAUACUCUUCGCGCGACUUUGCGCUCUAUGAGUACAAACUGAUAGACAGGACGACCGCCACGUCAGCCGUGAAGCGACUUUCCGACAAUUACCAGAAUCUCGUGCACAACCUGUCGCUCGAUUCGCGCAUUUACCUCAAGUGCGUCUCCGCGACGACCACGACGACAGCGAUGAACGACAGCGACAUCACCCGUGAAAUCAGUCGCGAGGCGAACGACAACUCUCUGCUGACGCUCGACGGCGACGCCAUUGCGCGCGAACUCAUGGAUCGCGACUUCGAGCUCUUCUGUCGCAUCGAAAGCCAACAGUUUAUAUACGACUUGACGACAGGCGACGACACGAGUGACGACAGACGACGCGAACUGAAGGCGUUUGAGGAGCGCACGAAUCGCGAGAUGUUUUGGACCAUAAAUCAGGUGCUCUUCGGCGCCAACUCGACGGCCAAACGCGUGAAGAGCGUCAAGCGCUUGAUUCGCAUCGCGCAGGCGUGUCGUCAGCUCCAGAACUUUAACUCUUUGUUCGCCAUUUUGUCGGGACUUUCGCACCAAAGCGUCGAACGCCAGAAGCACUCGCUGUGGGAUCGCGUGCCCUCCCGUGCCCUCCAGAAGCUGCAGAAGCUGUACGCGCUGAUGGACCCGUCGCGCAACUUCCAGCACUUCCGGUCGCAACUGCGGCGGUGCGCGCCGCCCGUCAUUCCCUUCUUCCCAUUGGUUAAGAAAGACCUUUCGUUCAUCUUUUUGGCGAAUGAGACGCUCGUCGCGAGCGAGGACUCGAAGCAGACGCUCGUGAAUUGGGAAAAGAUGCGACUUUUGGCCCAAAAGGUGAAAGAAGUGCAACAAAUGACGCACAGCGCGACACCGGCUGUCGUCGCGACGACGCGCAAGACCAACACUCUGUCGUCGGCCGCCGCACAGCACCUGAAGAGCGCUCUCAACGACAGCAAAGAAAGCAAUUACCGAAAGAUGUGGGAAAAGCAGCGAAUGCGCAAAAGAGUGCAACACUUUCUCGACUCGAGCUUCGCGUCCAUCGUUUGCGACGAAAACGUGUUGUUCGACAAGUCGUUGGAAUGCGAGCCGCAGACGAAUGCGAGUCAACGCACGUCACAAACGACGCUGUCGUCCGCCGCGUCGUCCCAGAGCCACAACAGCGCCGCCGCCGUCGCCCACAACUCACAGGUCAUGCCGUCGCCCACUCUGUCGUCGCACUCGUCGUCGCCGUCGCUCUCGUCGUCGACCACCAACUCAUCGGACGUCCAGUCGACGAACUCGGCGUCGCAGCAGCGCAUGCGUCUGCGCUUCGGCGUCCGCGACGACACGGGACUCCGGAAACUGUUGGCGCUGUCGGACAACACGACGCACAACAACCACAACAAUCACAACAUUCAUCGGCCGAACAGUCACUGCGGCGACAGUCAGACGUCGCUGUCGUCGUCCGUGUCGUCGGUCGCGUCGCAAGCCUUCCUGCAAAGCGCGCAUCUCUUGCACUCAAACUACUUCGUGUCGGAAGCGGUGGCCGCGCGGCUGUCGGCGCCUCCGACGCACUCAAUGGCCUCGCAUUACAUGAAACAAUCGCUUCCUCAGGAGUCGUCGUCUGUCACGUCUUUGCGUCGUUUGGAACACAAUUGGCAACAAAUGUCGCGAUUUCGCGAUCCCUUCCUCCCGUCGUUCAACGACAACACGACGACGACUCCGACGACCGCACAGACGACGGCUCUGUCGUCACGCCAGCGACCGAUGGGUCGACACAACGCUCCGCCCACUUAUGACCAGACGAUCCAAAGGAUGAAAAAGAAGUUCACGAAACGAGACGAAGAAAACGUCGUCUGAGAGCCAAAGGAAUGCCUUU